GGCGGCGGCAGCGUCUCACGGAGGCGGUGGCUUCACUUUCCAGGACUCAGGGGCGGCCACAGCGGCAGCCGCGGGCAGCAGCCUCGGGAGCCGGAGCUGGAACGGCCGCGGGCGGCGGUGGCGGCGCUGAGGGAUCUAAAAUGUCCACUGAGGCACAAAGAGUUGAUGACAGUCCAAGCACUAGUGGAGGAAGUUCUGAUGGAGACCAACGUGAAAGUGUUCAGCAAGAACCAGAAAGAGAGCAAGUUCAGCCCAAGAAAAAGGAGGGAAAAAUAUCCAGCAAAACAGCUGCUAAAUUGUCGACUAGUGCUAAAAGAAUUCAAAAGGAACUUGCAGAGAUUACGUUGGACCCUCCUCCCAACUGUAGUGCUGGACCCAAAGGAGACAACAUUUAUGAAUGGAGGUCAACUAUAUUGGGACCCCCAGGAUCUGUCUAUGAAGGAGGGGUGUUCUUUCUUGACAUUACCUUUUCACCAGACUAUCCGUUUAAACCCCCUAAGGUUACCUUCCGAACAAGAAUCUAUCACUGUAAUAUUAACAGCCAAGGCGUCAUCUGUCUGGACAUCCUAAAGGACAACUGGAGUCCAGCCCUAACAAUUUCUAAAGUUCUCCUCUCCAUCUGCUCACUUCUUACAGAUUGCAACCCUGCUGACCCUCUGGUGGGCAGCAUUGCCACACAGUACAUGACCAACAGAGCAGAGCACGACCGGAUGGCCAGACAGUGGACCAAGCGGUAUGCCACAUAGGGGCCUGCUGCUUGCUGCCCCCGCCGGACCUGUGCAAGCACAUUCACCAAGUGCAUCAAUAGCCCUACCCACCCCUCGGGACCUCGGUUCUUAUUUUCUUAUUUUUAUUAAAUUCUGAAUCUUUUUCUGAUGGUAUGUCAUCCAUCCCCCACUCCUUUCUCCCUCCCUCCUCUUCCUCCUUUUCCUUCUCUCUUCCCUCCACCCCCCCCACCCCUGCCUUCUCAGUUUAUUUCCUUUUUUGAUUUCUAUUAACUUGAAAGAUUUGGGGUUUUUUUUCCCAUCUUAACAUGGAAUGGGAACUUUUGUUUUCAGUGCAAACAAUGUUGGAUCUGUAAUAGUAAGAGCUUUCUUACAAAGCUUUGUAUUACUGUGUGGUUUUGUUUUUUGUUGUUUUAUUUUGAUUUUUUUCCUUUUAUGUGAUCUUUGGGAAAACACGAAUUCAGAAUUAUAUCUCAUUUCUACUUAAAUGUAGUGCUUAGGGUUAAUUUUUUGUACUGAAGUCUUUAUUGGUGGGUGCAUGCUACUGGGAACAAGUUUUUUGUACAAAAGCUUCAAUCAGAAUCACUGUGCAUUACUGAGACUCUGUUUAUCACUAGCCUUCUGUCCCCCACACAGAAGACUGUUGGAUUGAACAAAAUAAUAUGUAUUUUGAUUUACUUAAAGUGCUUGUAAAUUUCUUAGGGACCUGCCACUUUUGACUGUGGAUCAGUUGAUGUACACUUGUAUUAUUAAAGCACUCAAUAAAUCACUGUGGCUGAUAAAUG